CUGAGUUUGGGAUGCUGUCGGGCUGUGAGCUGACUGGACUCAGAGAUGUGUUGCAUUGGUCACUGGAAGGCCAGAGCAGCGCCAGCCUCAGUAGAGUGACAGUCGUGCCCGAACCCCAUCAUCUCCAUGGACUCUGAGCAUUUGUGUAGAAGAGCAGGAAGAUCCCGGCAUAGACCUUGUGCUCACCUUCAGCCAACUGCAGAAUCGAAAGUUCAAGAACCAGCAACUCAAGACACCUCUUGGGUUAGCCAAGAGUCGAGAGGAUGGCUCUGAAUGAAUCCUUCCUCUGGCACUUGAAAUCGGACGCCUGGGUGGCCUACAAUGACUCCAAUCACAGCACGGACGUCCUGGAAAAUGAUGACUGGUUCCACCCGGAGAUCCUCUAUGUCAUCCCUGCCGUGUACGGGGUCAUCAUCCUCAUAGGCCUCGUGGGCAACAUCACCCUGAUCAAGGUCUUCUGCACGGUCAAGUCUAUGCGCAGUGUGCCCAACCUCUUCAUCUCCAGCCUGGCUCUGGGAGACCUGCUCCUCCUGGUUACCUGCGCGCCGGUGGAUGCCAGCAGGUACCUGGCCGACAGAUGGCUAUUUGGCAGGAUCGGGUGCAAGCUGAUCCCCUUUAUCCAGCUCACCUCUGUGGGGGUGUCAGUCUUCACACUCACAGCUCUCUCGGCAGACAGGUACAAAGCCAUUGUCCGGCCCAUGGACAUCCAGGCCUCUCAUGCCCUGAUGAAGAUCUGCCUCAAAGCUGCCUUGAUCUGGAUCAUCUCCAUGCUUCUGGCCAUUCCAGAGGCUGUUUUCUCUGACCUGCAUCCCUUCCAUGAAGAAAGCACUAACCAGACCUUCAUUAGCUGUGCCCCAUACCCACACUCCAAUGAUCUGCACCCGAAAAUCCACUCUAUGGCUUCCUUCCUGGUCUUCUACAUCAUCCCACUGUCAAUCAUCUCUGUCUACUACUACUUCAUUGCCAAAAAUCUGAUCCAGAGUGCUUACAAUCUGCCCGUGGAAGGCAACAUACACAUCAAGAAGCAGAUCGAGUCCCGGAAGCGCCUGGCCAAGACCGUGCUGGUGUUUGUGGCUCUCUUUGCCGUCUGCUGGCUGCCCAACCAUGUCAUCUACCUGUACCGCUCCUACCACUACUCAGAGGUGGACACCUCCAUGCUCCACUUCGUGUCCAGCAUUUGUGCCCGCCUCCUAGCCUUCACCAACUCCUGCGUGAACCCUUUUGCUCUCUACCUCCUGAGCAAGAGUUUCAGGAAACAGUUCAACACUCAGCUCAUCUGUUGCCGGCCUGGGCUGCUGGGUCGUUCUCAUAGCACUGGCAGAAGUACCACGUGUGUGACCUCCUUCAAGACCACCCACCCAUCUAUGGCCACCUUCAGCCUCAUCAAUGGAAACAUCUGUCACGAAGGGAGAGAGAGGCACUUCAACGCGAACACCAUUCUGUAUCACAAAGAAGUAGAAGUCUAAGAGGAGAAGGGUGGAAGCCCCAGAAGCAGAAACACAAGCCACACUGAGAGGAUGCUUGGUUGGAGUUUUCUUGCUCUAGGAGAGCUGAAGAGGAGCUCACUUCACCAACAAUAUGCCAGAUACGGAGUUCAACACAUUUCUGUUCACUCUCGCAAGCACCGUCAAAAGUA